AUGCCGCUGAAACUUCUCGGAAAGAAGUCGUGGAACGUGUACAAUGCAGCGAACAUUGAGCGAGUCCGGCGCGACGAGGCCGAGGCCCGAGCACGCGAGGCGGACGAGGACCGACGACGCAAGGAGACGGAAUCGGCGCGUCGUCAGGCCAUCCUAAGAGGCGAAGCGGUGCCAGAAGAGGAUCAGACAGCAAUCAGCGGGCCCUCUGGCUCUGGUGCAUCUAGCAGCGCAGCGGCUGCCGGGAGCCAGCGGCCGUGGGCGGCCAAGAAGCGCAAGCGACACGGCGAGGACGACACAGACUUUGAGAUGCGGUUGGCGCGGGCAGAGAUGGAGCCAGGCAGCCUGGAGGCUACCGGACCAGUCAAGAGCAAGAGCAAGAGUGGCGGUGCGGCCAGCCGGCCGAUCGUGGACGGUACCGGCCACAUCGACCUAUUUGGAGAGGCACCCCAGCCGUCGGGGGGUGGCAGACAGGCAAGAGGGCCACCGACGGAUGGGGCGCUGCUCAACAUGCGGUUCGCCGAUGCGGCCGGCUACAACGGCUCGUUUGAGGCGUGGUAUGCCGGAGGUGGCGACAAGGCCAAGAGACAACAGGCUGAACAAGAGCCGAGACAGCAACAGCAGCAGCGGCCGCGCCACCCGCCGCUGCCAUCGUCUGUGCUGGCGGACCCGCUGGCGGCCAUGCGGCAGGGCGCGGCAGCUGUGCGGGCGCUCACGCAAGAACGGAAGCGAGAGACGGAGGAGCGGGCAGCCGACAUGGCGGCGAUGGAGGCCGAGGAGCGACGGCAGCGGCGAGAGCGACGACGAGAGCGGCGACGACGACGCGAGGAAAAGGAGCACGAUGCGGACGACGGGACAGAGGGACGACAGAGCAGGCGGAGACACCAUCGACACGAAAGCGACAGCGACAGCGGCAACAGCCUCGAGGACUUUUCUCUACAGGGCGGCCGCAGCAGCGAGAGUAGACGUCGACACCGGUCGCAGGACAGACGGGCAGACAAACAGUCCAGGCCGGACGACCGACAUGCAGACAGACAUGCACGGGAGAGGAGCCACAGACGCUGA